AUGAUCAUUCGGGCAGAAAUCGCCGGCUAUGAUGUAGGUCGGGUGCUAAUCGACACCGGGAGUUCGGUGAACGCAAUUUUUGCCGAUGCAUUCAAAGGCCUGGGAAUUGCCGACAGCAUGGUUAAUCGGCAAAUUACGCCCCUCCUCAGUUUUUCUGGGGAUCUAGUCCAACCGGUCGGUAGUAUCAGCCUGCCCAUCGCCUUCGGUUUCGCCCCGAGGAAAACAAUGACCUACGACCAGUUCCUCAUUGUCGACUCCCCAACGGCAUAUAACGUCAUCAUAGGGCGCACGGCACUCACCAGGAUCAAAGCCCACUUAUCCCCCCACAUGUUGCUGAUGAAAUUCCCUACGCGCAACGGUACUGGGGUCAUCCGGGGUGACCAGCUCAGCGCACGGACGUGCUAUGCCACGGCCCUUAAAUCGGUAGCUUGUAAACCGUCAAUGGAAGCCACGACCGUGCAGGAACUACCGAACGGUAGCGAGCCCAUUGAUGACCCUAGGGAGGAAACGCCAGCACCGGUAGCACAGCCUGCUGAAGAGCUCGAAACCGUGGUCCUGGACGAGGAUUUUCCCGAUCGAUGGGUAAAAAUCGGCACCAGCCUAGAUCCCGAACUCCGAAGCCAGUUCAUCAACUUCUUACGGCAACAGGCAGAGGUCUUCGCCUGGUCUUACGACGAUAUGCCCGGCAUAUCACCUGAUGUCAUCAACCACAAGCUCAGCAUCUCCACUGCCCACAAACCGGUCAGACAGAAGCGUCGGUCAUAUGAUGCCGAACGGUACGAGGCGAUGCGUGCCGAGGUUGACAAGCUCAAAGCCAUCGGCUUUAUCAGGGAAGCUACGUACCCUGUUUGGCUUGCCAACUCCGUCAUGGUUCGGAAGGCCAAAGGAGGGUGGCGGAUGUGUCAGGAUUAUACCGACCUGAACAAGGCUUGUCCGAAGAACAGUUUCCCCUUGCCAAGAAUCGACCAGCUCGUCGACGCUACCGCUGGACACGAGCUGCUGACCUUCAUGGACGCCUACUCGGGAUACAACCAGAUCUUUAUGGACCCUGCCGAUCUAGAGCAUACGGCAUUCAUCACCGACCGCGGUUUGUACUGUUACAACGUCAUGCCUUUCGGCUUGAAAAACGCGGGAGCAACUUACCAACGGCUCGUCAAUCGGAUUUUUGCCAAGCACAUCGACGGCAUCAUGGAGGUAUAUGCUGAUGACAUGUUGGCAAAAAGCCGAACGGCAAGGGGGCACCUGGAAAACUUGGCCCUCAUGUUCGGUAUACUGAAGGACUACCGAAUGAGGCUGAACCCAACAAAGUGCGCUUUCGGUGUAUUUUCCGGCAAAUUUCUCGGAUUCAUGAUCAGCCAAAGGGGAAUCGAGGCUAAUCCUGAGAAAAUCAAAGCCAUAAUAGACAUGGAAACGCCGAAGACACAGAAGGACAUUCAAAGCCUUACCGGACAUAGCGCCGCCCUAAUACGCUUCAUCUCCAAGGCCACCGACAAGUGCGUGCCGUUCUUCAAAGCUUUGAAAGGGGGUAAACAUCACAUCGCGUGGACUCCCGAAUGCGACCAGACAUUUCAAAACUUGAAGAACAACAUGAGCCAUGCACCGCUGUUAUCAAAACCGCUCCCAGGAGAAGUGCUACUCCUAUACCUUUCGGUAUCAAACACUGCCGUUAGCUCAGUACUGAUACGGAAGCUGGAGAGGGCGGAGCUACCGAUUUUCUAUGUCAGCAAGGCGCUCCAAAGUGCGGAGCUUCGGUACCCACCCUUAGAGCAGUUGGCACUGGCCCUGGUCGUCUCGGCGCGAAGGCUUCGCCCAUACUUCCAGGCGCACGAGAUCACUGUUCUAACAAACCAGCCCCUUCGACAGGUACUCCAAAAGCCAGAAACGUUGGGCCGAUUGGUCAAAUGGGCAAUCGAGUUGGGGGAGUUUGACAUACAGUUCAAACCAAGGCCUGCAGAAAAAGGUCAGGCCGUCACCGACUUCAUUUCCGAGCUCACACCCGCGCUAUCGGAAUCGCCCUUUCCGAGCGCUAUCCCCACUGCGCCAGAGAGAACGGAAGCCGGGCACUUCGACACUUCCGUUCCUCUCUGGAUUCUGCACGUAGACGGCUCGGCAAACCAGCAAGGCUGCAGUGCCAGCUUGGUAUUAACCACUCCGGACGGUGGCAAAAUUGAGUAUGCCCUCCGAUUCAACUUCCGGACAUCCAAUAACGAGGCGGAAUACGAGGCUCUCUUGGCCGGCCUUCGGCUGGCCAAAAGUAUGAGCGCGAAACAGAUCAGCAUUCACCGUGACUCCCAGCUCAUAGUGAACCAGAUAACGGCAGACUUCGCGGGACCAAAGGGUGCAUUUAUGCCAGCUUACCUAUCGGCAGCUCACCAACUACUGAAAAAAUUUCAGGCCUACGAAAUUCGGCAGAUCCCCAGGUCAGAAAACAGCCACGCCGAUGCGCUAUCGCGUCUGGCUUCGGCAAUAAAUGAUAAGAUCGGAAGGAAGGUACCGGUGGAGAUAUUAUCCCAACCAAGCACGACAGCUGUUGAGGUGUGUACCGUUCGGUACGAGGAUACAUGGAUGUCUCCAAUUUAUGCAUUCCUGGCAGACGAAACCCUUCCUACCGAUAAGUCUUAG